CUAGCUAGGCAGUCUCUUCACUCUCUUUGUAUACUACAUUUCUAAGGCCAUCAAGCGAGACUCAAGGCGCCAACUGCUCUUUGUCUGAUAUCUCUCAUUUCAACUAACUCAUAGAGACCAAAAUGUUUGGUAACUGUGUUGAUGAGAAAACGGUAAUCACUUGUAACAAAUUGACACAGGCUGAGAUAGAUGAUCUUAAGGUUUCAAUGGCUUCUUCAAGUGGUGGUGGAAAUAGGGUUAUGGAAAAACCAGGUCAAGAGCUUCUUCAACAGCAACAACAAGCUUUAAGGUGUCCACGUUGUGAUUCAUCAAACACUAAAUUCUGUUACUAUAAUAACUAUAGUUUAUCACAACCAAGACACUUCUGCAAAGCCUGUAAAAGAUAUUGGACAAGAGGUGGAACACUUAGAAACGUUCCUGUUGGUGGUGGUUGCAGAAAAAACAAACGUCUUAAACGACCAAAUCACUCUUCUUCAAAUAUUGAUACUGCUACUGCUUCUCCUUCUUCUUCAACUCCUAAUAGUGCUAAUUCAAACCCUCCUUCUCAACAACAACAACAACAACACCAUAGUUUUGAUAUUGCUUCUACCUCAAACCAUAUCAAUUCUCUUCUUUAUGGUAACUCUUCUUGUCAUGAUGUGAUGAACUUUCCUUUUGCAACAAGGUUCAAUUCUACAAGAGUUUCAAGUUCUUCUUCUGGUUAUGAUCAUCUUCAGCAGCAGCAGCCUCAGGUGAAUGGUCUUGGAUUAGGUUUUUCAUCUGGGGUAGUUAAUCUUAAUCAUCAUGAUGAUUACAGAAAUGGGUUUGGUUCAAAUAAUAACAACUACAGUUCCAUCUUUGGUUCUUCUUCUACUUCAACUAACGAUAACUCCAUGGCCUCUACUACUCCAGUUAUGGCUUCUCUACUUAACUCUACACUACUGCAACAGAAAUUCAUGAGUGCAGCUGGUGGUGGAAUGAAAGGUGGUGAUCCUUUUCAUCAUGAGGCUGGGAUGAUGGAUUCAAAAGAAGUGAAAUUAGGUGAAGGAUUACAAAACAGGUUGGAUCAGUGGAGUAAUAAUAUGAAUGUGCCUAAUGGUGGUGUUGCUUUUCAAAACCAGAUGGAGAAUAUGGGUUUGUCAGAUUCUUCUUCUCUUUAUUGGAAUAACAACAACACCAACAACAACAACAACAACAACAACAACAACAACACUGCAGCAACAGGUUUGAGCAGUGUUUGGAAUACUGAUCAUCAACCUAAUAAUAUUGGUCAUAAUUCAGUUACUUCUCUGAUCUAGAAAUCAACAUGAAGCAUCGUUUUCAAACUAUCUAGCUAUCUCUUUGAGGUCUUUUUCUUUAGCUCUAUUAGGCUUCUAUUGCUGAAAAAUGCUGCUUUUGUUUUUUAUUUUCAUUUGGGGUCAAUUGGGUUUGGUUUACUUACAUUGGAAAAAAAAGAAAAAGAAGAUACUUAAAAGGUGAGAGAGUUUAGGAUCAGAGAGAUCAUGUCAGCUGCAAAUAUACUACUACUCUUCAACCCUGUCAGUUUUAUGUUUCAAGGUUGAGAAUUUGGGCUGAGAGGAACCUCGGAUCCUCUUCUCUCAUCAUGUGUGUAACUGUGUCAGUGAAGCUCAGAUCAAAGGAUAUGGUGCAAGUACUUCCAUUACCAUAGUUGAUUGAUUGAGUAAGUUGGUCUUUUUCAUUAAUUUUGUAAUGUGUAUAUGCAAUGACAUAUCCUUUAUUUUCUUUACUUUUUCUAAUGUAUUAUUGUGAUUAGUUAGGGUGGUGAGGUUGGGGGAUUUACUCACUAUAUGAUGAAAAGAAAUCUAAUGUGUUGAUUUCUUUUUUUGUUAACUUUCUUAACAUUUGGAAGGGGUUAGGUUAUGAAGGUUAUUGGGGGUAUAAUUGUGGUAUAGAAGAGGAGGGGGGAUUAAUAUUAUUUACUUUGAUUGGUUUGGUAUUUGGUGUGUGGUUUUUCAUCUAUUAAGAAAGUUUUAGUUCA